UAAGCCUGGCACCAUUGUUUGAAAUGUCAAACAGCACAUAAAUCUCGUCUGCAAAUUUUUUUCACUUUCAUGUGUCAUCAUCCAAUAUUUGAGUUUUUUAAAGCGUGAAUAUGUCUAAAAGAAAUGCCUGUGACACCGGUCUUUUACAUAAGAAAACCGUUAAAAGACGAAUAAAAAAUGAAUUGUUAAUGGAGGAAAAAGUAAAAGAGUUAAGAGUGAUUGCAGCAAAUGAGUUGUUGCAGUCAAAUUCUGACGCCCUUGCCAGCCCACCAACACAUUUGCUAGCGUCAUCGUCGGUGAUUCGGUCUUUACAACCUUCAACAAGUUCAAACUCUGAGUCCGUCAAAAACCUAUUUUACCAAAAUAGAGAUGGUAAUCCAGCGUCUCAAGUGGUUCAAUUAAACCAUGGGGAGGUUUUCAGUGAAGACAAAAGCGAGAUUGAAAAUUAUUAUUCAGCAGUCAAUGCCAGCAACAUCGAACAUCAGCAGUUCAAGAUCAACAUGACAUUAAUUCUGACGAUUCUGCUAUUUCUGAUACUCAAGAUGAUGAGGUUUUUACUUGCAAAUCACUCACUCAUCAUUAGUCUGUGUACUGUGUGUUUGUUUCAAAUAUGUGGUCAAUGAAAAUGUUUCGAGGACUACAGAAAUACAUGUAUCGAAGAUUU